AUGACGGCCGUAGCAGCAUGGGGUCGACGCGAGCCGUCAAGUCUGCGCGGCGCGCGAAUUAUCGGUCCGCGGAGGAGCGGCGCCGUCGGAGCGGAAGAUCCCGCGGGACAGCAGCAGCGGCGACUUGUCGUGCGCGCGGGGAAGACGGGGUUUGGUGACGGCGGCGGAAGGGAGAAGAGCAAAGGGAAAGGGAAGGGUAAAGGGAAGGAGAAGGAGAAAGGGAAGAAGAAGGGGAAGGGGAACGACGAGAACGAAACGGUGACCAUCGCUCUACUCGACGAGGGCGGAUAUGUGGGCGACAUGAGCGAGGCGGACCUGGAGGCGGCCAUCGAGGCGCUCUUCGCGCAGCUCGCCAGCGACCUCGAGGCCGACGCUGACGUGGACGGCACUGGUUUUGCUGCGGGCGAUGUUGACGUGGAGCUUGACGAUGAUGAGCUGGCGGCGCUGCAGGUUGAGCUGGACGCGGCGCUGGCGGAGAUGACGGCGGAGGUGGAGAAGGAGGGAGAGGGGGAGGGGGAGGUGGAUGAGGAGGAGAGAGCACUGGUGGCGGAGCUGGGACUCGAGGAGGAGGAGGGGGAGGAGGAGGAGGAGGAGGAUGAGGAAUGGGAGGGUGGGCUACGGGAGCAGACAGAGGGGAGUCAGGAAAUGGGAGAGGUGAUGGCGAAGGGGACGGCGAGCGGGGAAGGAGAGCAAGGAGAGGCGGGAAAGAAGGAAGAGGGGGUGCAUGACGUGGCAGGGGCAAUGGCAGGUGCCAUUGCCGCCGGUGCCAUUGCUGGCAGUGGUAUGGGAAGGAGGGAAGCGGUGGCAGGGGAGAAAGAGCAGAGGAUGGGGAGUGCGGAGCACGUAGAGAGCGGUGCAAUAGUGGGCCAAGGGCAGGAUGAUCCAAUGGGGAAGCGCAGCGAUAAGUCGACGCAAAAGGGUGGUUCUCUUCGUGAUGACGACUGGCAGGGCGAGGAGGAGGAGGACGCGGAGGAGGAGGAGAGCAGUGGGGCAAGGGAAGGGGCGCGGCGGGAGGUGCAGCUGCAGCGAUGGCAGCUGAAGAAACUGGCGCUGGCAGUGCAGAAGGGGCGGCGACACAUCAAUGUGCGCCUCUUGCACUCCCAUCCUCCGUCCAUGGCCCCUUUGCUUUCCCUCUCGUCCGCGCACCUCCUUCACACCUCACAUUUAUCCCUCGCCUCUCCCUCACUCUCCCUUCAUUCCCUCUAUCUCUUUGUGAAGGCGCUGGCAGCAGAGGCCCAUCUGCCGCGGCGAGACGUGCUGGCGUUCCUGCGCCAUCCCCCCGAUAUCUCCGCCCUCUUCCCCGACCUCCCCUCGCCCUCCACACCGCCAGCCCCCGGUGAGGGUGCGGGGGAGCAAGAGGCAGCAGUGGUGGCGCAGAGUGGCGCUGCAGGGGCGCAGGGAGAGGGGAGGGGUGUGGGUGAAAAGGGCGGAGGGGAGGGAAAAGGGGCGGACAGGCUGGGAAUGAGUGAGGAGGGGAAGAAGGAGUGGCAGGAGCGGUGGAAGAAGGGGAAGAGGAUACGGCAGGAGCACCUGAGCACAAUGGAAGCUGUUUACCAGCGCAGCAAGUACCCCACGGUGAAUGCUCCUCUCCUCUUCCCAUUUCCCUGA